CCAUAGACUGUGAAGAAAUAGGUAGGAUCUCCGAUCCGAAAAAAGUAGGUGCUUUGGAGCGCUCCUUUCCAGCAGGAUGAGUGGGGAAUUAGUAGCCACACAAUCGGAAGGUAACAAGUGUGAACUGUGCCCAGUCAGCAUGAAGCGUGCCACCAAAAAAGUCACAGCGCACAAGAAAGUAAAGGAAGAACCGAAAUGCACCAAACAAGAAGAGAGUCCACCGGAGGACCCAGUGGAUGAGCCCCCUGGCGAAGUGAAAAGCAUGGACCCGGCAUUGUUUGAGGGUCUGUGUGAUGGCGUGUUGUCAGCGUUGUGUCUUCUCCAGACCAGUGUAUCUGAGGUUAUGGACGUGAAGGACGAGAUGAUUCAGGAGAAUGUGCCAAGUUGUGUCCAAGCUCAGCUCUCCCUCUCUACAUCCAGGCUCUUUAGAAGCUUGACAGAUUUAUAUGUUCCUGCCACAGAGCUUGUCCGCUUGGUUCGGGUAUUUGGGCCACAGUGGGAACAAAAACGUGUUAUUCUGGAACAGCUGCAAGGGGAGCAUGAAAGGCUCCAGCGGCUUUUGGCUUUGACUCUCCAGCGGGUGCAACAUUUAGAGUCUCAGGUACACAGGGAUCCUCAGUCACAACACAACAAGAACUGGGAGAAGUUUUUCGUCAGACUAAUGGCCCAUGGAAACAUAUGAAUCGUCUAAUAAAAUACAGGUUGUUCUUUAUUCUACAAGAAUAAGAAGCUCAUAAAACAUGAAAGAAAUAUGAAAAAAGGAACAAUAACCCCCUGCUGCACAACAAGACAACAUAAAGGAUGACUGAUGUGGCCCAGGAAGCUAAGGAUACUUUUAUAGACUUGCAUCAAGUUACACGCUGUGGGAAAUCAUCUGCAAGUUUUGUUACCAUUCACUUUAAAGGGGUACUCUUGUGGAAAACUGGUGCCAGAAAGUUAAACAGAUUUGUAAAUCACUUCUAUUAAAAAAAUCUUAAUCCUUCCAGUACUUUUUAGGGGCUGUAUACUAAAGAGAAAUCCAAAAAAGAAAUGCAUUUCCUCUGAUGUCAUGACCACAGUGCUCUCUGCUGACAUCUCUGUCC